AUGGAACAAUUGGAUCCAUUAUUUUUUGCUAUAAAUUUAUUUAAAAGAAGAAAAUUUGAUAAAUCUAUUGAAGUAUGCAAUGAAGCACUCGAUGCCAAUCCAUACGAUCAGGCAUUUUGGUGUCUAAAACUAAGAAGUCUUACAGAACAGGUAUAUGUUGACGAUCUUGAAGCAGAUGAGGAGGGAAUUGCAGAAAGUCUUAUGGAUGAUAACGCUAUAGCACAAGUAGCCCGACCCGGAACUUCAUUGAAGGCAUUACCAACUGCAAGAUCGAUGCAAACGAGUCAAUCUAUAAGACCGGUCACACAGUCUGGCCGUCCAUUAACAGGAAUGCUUAGACCCGGCACUCAGGGAAGACUGGGAACAAUGGAAAAUGCAUUAAAAACACCGCGAACUGCAAGAACUGCCCGACCAUUGACUUCGUCUUCAGGAAGAUUUGUGAGAAUGGGAACGACAUCUAUGCUAACACAACCCGACGGACCUUUCAUUAACUUGAGUCGACUGAAUAUCGGAAAAUAUGCAGCCAUUCCUACAUUAGCUAAACCAUUGUUUGAAUACAUCUUUUUCCAAGAAAAUAAUAUCAGAGUUGCUCUUGAAUUGGCUGCAAAAGCUACUGAAGUCAAUCAAUUUAAGGAUUGGUUUUGGAAAGUUCAAUUAGGUAAAUGCUAUUAUAAGUUAGGAAUGAUUAGAGAUGCAGAAAAACAAUUUCGGUCGGCUCUCAAACAUAAUGAAGUACCGGUUGAAGUGUAUCUAUGGUUGGGUAAAGUUUAUGAGAGAUUGGAUCAACCGUUGGCUGCUUUAGACGUAUACAGUGAAGGCCUUAACAAAUAUCCCGGCGAAACAUAUUUGUUGACAUAUGCGGCGAGAAUUCAUGAAUUAAUGAAUGAAAUGGACGAUAGUAUCAAACUAUAUAAAGAAGUACUCACUUAUGAUGCCAUCAAUAUAGAGGCCAUCGCCUCAAUAGCAGUCAACCACUUUUAUAACGAUCAGCCAGAGAUUGCACUUCGUUAUUACCGACGUAUCCUUCAAAUGGGAACCUGUAAUACACAAAUAUAUAACAAUUUAGGCCUAUCCUGCUAUCUGUCCCAACAGUUUGAUAUGGCCAUCACUUGUUUUGAAAGAGCGCUCAUAUUUUCUGAAUCUGAUGACGUAACCGCCGAUAUUUGGUAUAAUAUCGGACAUUUGGCUAUUGGUUCGGGUGAUAAACAAUUGGCGUCUCAAUGCUUUAGAUUAGCUUUAGUUUCAAACAAUGAUCACUCGGAAGCCUAUAAUAAUUUAGGUGUCAUUGAAAUGAGUAAAAGCAAUGCCACCACUACUAACAUACAACAGGCAAAGGCUUACUUCCAAACCUCCGCCACAAUUGGCAAACAUUUGUAUGAGCCGCACUACAAUCAGGCACUGUUGGCUGAAAAGAUGGGUCAUUACGAUAUGAGUUUCAGUUACGCUAAGAAAUCACUUGAUUUAUAUGCCGAUCACUACGGAUCUCAACAAUUACUUAAUAAAGUUAGAAAACUUUAUGAGAAUGUUUGA